CUGGCUAAACAUGGCCGUUAACAAACUCUGUCAUGGCAGUUAGAGGUCGAUAACUCUUGAAUUCUUUUUAAUUUACAAGUCUUAAAUAGCAAAACAGGGCACUGUGUAGUCGCCGAUUUAACUGUCCUUUUCCCUUGUCGCUGGUUUGGUUUUAUCUCAUCUCCCUGUGACUCGUUAGCAGUUGAAGCUAGGUUGCGAGCUAACUUCUCCAUAGGGAACAAUGACAGCGACUUCAGCAGGUAGCAGUAGCUGCCUUGCUGCUAAAGGACUGGAUAUAAGUCUGGCUGCUCUGCAGCGACAAGAUCCAUACAUCAACAACAUCGUGGACGUGGCCAGCCAGGUCGCUCUCUAUACUUACAACAACAGGACAAAUGAGUGGGAGAAGACCGAGGUGGAAGGAACUCUUUUUAUCUACACGAGGCUGGCAUCUCCCAGGCAUGGGUUCACCAUAAUGAACAGACUCAGCAUGGAGAAUUUGACAGAGCCGAUCACCAAAGACCUGGAUUUCCAACUCCAGGACCCCUUCUUGCUGUACCGCAAUGCACGAUUGGUUAUCCAUGGGAUUUGGUUCUAUGAUAAGGAGGAUUGUCAACGCAUUGCCCAGAGGAUGAAGAUUCUGACCCAGCAGGAGCAGGUCCUCGCUCAGUCUCAGGGUGGUUGGCUCAGUGGUGUCAGAGGAGGUGGAAGUGAAGGGAAGGGAGUAGACAUCAUCCAGAUGUUGACCAAAGCACGCACAGAGUAUGACAAGGAGAAGUCGACUUCAGAGCCAAAGGAGAUUGGCGGCAGCAGUGUUCUAUAUGGAAACCCCAACCUAAUUAAACCAAUACCUGUUAAACCAACAAACACACAGGACAGUGAAGGUGCAGAACCAAAGUCUCUCUCUCUGGCCACUCUCUUUGGUUCUCAACAUCAGCAUCACCACUCAUCCAAACCUGACGCCAUCUCUCCUGUGGCUGUAGCUGUGCCUGUGCCAGGGUCAGCAUCAGCUCGCCCACCUGUAGCCCGCACACUGACCUACGAUGAUACAUUGAACUCUGGCAGAAGUCAGACCUCCAAGGGAGGUAAUGCCGCCAUGGCUGUGUGUUCAGAUGGCGGGAUCAGGGCAGUAGUUGGGGAAGACGGUGGAAAUGUUGUUACGGGCUUGCUGCCGAUUCCUAUGACCGCUCAUCAGCAGGAGCAGCAGCAGCAGCAGCACUGCCCAGCCAUCCAGAAGCUCAUGCAGGGACAGAGAGGGGUUGGAGGGGUUCUUCAGACUGUGUCUGAGUCCCCUGAGAACAGGUUGUGUGACAACGGGGUGCCACUGGAGCAUCACCACCACCAUCACCAUCUUUACCAUCAUCAUCAUCAGCAGCACCACCAUCAUCACCAUCAACAGCAGCAGCUUCAAUCCGACCCCAUCAAGAGACUUUUCCAAAUCCAGCCACCUCCCUCUCCCUCCACCUCGUUCUCCUCUGCUGCUCCCCCUCGUUGUCCCAACCCCCCUCCUCUGCAGCAAAAUCCCCACCUCCCUCCCCAGCCCAUAAUGCUGGAUUCUGUGUCAUGUUCCCACCUUCAAGCGCAACAAAGCCAGCAGCUGUUCUUCAGCCUUUCUCAGCCUCAACAAGAGGCCCAGCACAACAGCCAGUCAGCUUCAACUCUACAGGGAGCAGGUUUGUUACCAUCUCAGGUGAAGAAUGACCAAGUCAUUCAACCUGCACAAGGUCUGUCUUCCCACAUGCCAGGCGUGGUGUCUCCUCACGAGCUCCUCCAAAAGCUCCAGCUGGUCCAACAGGAGCAAAGCCUGGCUUCCAGUGAUCCCCCCCGACUCUGUCCAGGACUGGCCCCUCGAUUCCUGGGGCCCACGCAGAGUCAAAGUGCAGGCUCGGUUGCAGGCCCAGUCCCAAAUCAGACUGCAGCCACUGCAGGUCAAAAGGCUGCACUGCAGUUUCAGGUCAUCUCCCCCCAGCGAAUACCAGCCACUGUGGCCCCCACUAUGCUCCUCUCUCCCAGUGUGUUCACUCAGGCAAAGCCUAGCGGUGGGUUGUCAGCAGUUUCCCAGGAGAACAGCCCUGCCCCCUCAACCCUGCCCAGACCCACCCUGCAAGAGGAGGUUAGAGUUCUGUCCAGAAGCCAGCUCCAAGCCACACUGCUGCAUCUGAUCCAGGCUGACAGCUCAUUCCUGGACACUGUCUAUGAAGCCUACAUCAGCCGCUUUGCUAAUGGCUCCAGCAGCAAGUACUAAUGACUCUUCACACCCUCUGUCUAUACAUACACCCUGUCCAGAGCUGUGAGGCUCAUUCUCUCACCUAAUAUGGAUGUACUACUUCCUCCUCCAAAACCCCACUCCAAUCACACACACACUCACUAUAUCUCCUCUGCACUGUAUAGCCAGUAAACCGGACUCUUCACUUCAAACCAAGUCUCUCUAGUAGCAUCAAAAAGCAGUUACUAUAUGAAGUGUUUGUUUCCACAUCAGAAAAAUGCAACUUUUCAUUAUGUGACUCUUCUAAAAAAAAAAACAAAAAAAACAAAACAAAUUCUCUCAAUCUGAGGACCACAGGUUUUUAGAAUAAACGUGGUAUAACCAUACAGACUUGACCUCGCCUGGAGUUCAGGGGAAACUGUAGCCUAUACUGUAGUUCAUUCUCAGUGAAGACAAGACAUGCUGCAACUUCUCAGUUUUCCCGUAGUGUUUUCACUAAGUGUAGCAGAAUUUAUUUUAUUUGUUUUUAUUUAGUUUUGUCCUGUUAUAACCUGUAGUCUCUACUCCGUCACAAGCAUCUAACACCAGCCAGCCGUCAUGGCUUUAACAAACAAGUCUUCCUAGUCUAACUUGUGCUGAGGAAUAUACUCAAACUGACUUGAAACUGACUUCACUUAUAAGAUUAAAUGCAAAACAUGUUCAACAUGUUCCUUUCUGUAUAUUUGGAAAAGUUUAAACGCCAUCAGAAUUUCUUUGAUUUGAAUCUGCCAUACUUUUAAUUUAAGUUAUGACUAGUUUGCUUUCUUAGGAUUUUAAGUAUGUAUAACUUUCCAAAUGCUUUUAAAGUUAUUAAAAUGAUACCUUGUCAUUUUUACUUUUUUUCCCAGCAGGCACCAGCUGUGACAUCUGCAUUGUUACUUUAGUUAACUGAGUGAAACCAGUGUUGUUCACGAGCACAUUAGAAAGCACACAGAAAGCUAUAUCCACUUAACUGGUGGCAUUUUUGAACAUGUCCGGGUGUGUAGGAGAGAUUCCUUUCCAUUCCUUCAGUUUAACUUGCUUUGUUAGUCUUAUUCCUCCUUCUCUGAACAUGAAUAUCACGAUGAAGGAGUUCAAAAUGACAUGGUAUCCAUUUAACUUGAAGAAAAAAGGAAACUACAGGAGACUGUCAACCUGCACUACCUCACAGAGAGCGAGAGAGUUACCUGUGUUUUUACUUAGUAGUAGCAGAUUGUCAGUUUUAAAGGCUACAUAAUCGAAUAUCUAUAAUCGGGACUUUUGUUUCAGUUUAUCUAAAGGGUUUUCAUUGUCACAGAAAUGUGAAACACUUAACAAACUUUAACCAACUGAAAUAUCAAUUGUUAUAUUUUUUUCUGCCAAAGUUUUUGUUGCAUCUUAAAAUGCAAUAGUUUGCAGUCAUGCCACAGUUCCUGAACACUCUUCCUGCCAAAUGAAACGGCUUACAGAAAUCCCCCUCAGGUAUUAUAAAACCACUCAUUGAUCAGAGGCUUGGUUAUUGACGGUAAAUACAGUUCAAUAAAUGAUUGCUUGGUAACAUAGAGAUUUAAAGCAAUAAAGAGCAACGCAGAAGAUAUAUACAUAUCUCCAAUAAUAAUAUAUUGGAGUUCACAGGCCUAUUCAAUGCAAGUACAGUAGAAAAUUUUAUACCCUAGUACAUUUGCUGUAAAAUGUCGUAUCAACAAAUUUCUCAUUCAUUGCCACUCAGUUCCCCACUUUGUUCAACAUAGAAGUGAGUCUAUGGUUCCUUUCAUCAGGAUCAGGGUUUGCAAUAUGUGUUUAGCUCCUGUGCUAAACUCGGGCGAUGGCCAAUCAGAACAGUAGCAUCCAGAGAGUACACAAGAAAAACAGCAGCAAAAAAAACAAAAAAAAAUAUGAAUACAUUACAGAAAAACUGAAAAUAUUUUUAUUCCUAUUUUUCUACUCCAGAAGCAAAAUGUAUUGUUCUCAUAGUACAAAUAACCAGCAUGUUUCAUUACAAAUACAGAGAUAAAAUUUAAGUCAUUUUCAUGCAGAUACAACAUAUCUACAGUUAUUUGUCAAAUGCCAUUUUGAUAUUUUAAUUCAAAAGAUAUAAUCCAUGAUAUUUAAAAAAAAAAAAACAUAAUUUAAAAACAAUAUGAGACAAUAGAAUGUUAAAGGAAACAUUUUUUAUCUCUUUGUCAGGAAUGUUUUGCUCUUAAACUGGAAUAUAUUUUAAUUGGAUAUUAAAUGUGCUCAAACUGC